UCAGCAUCUCAAACAGCGGCGAGUACCGGACCAUCAGCACGAACCUAAUCAUCAACCCGGAGGAAUAUUAAUACUACCAGUACGGAAAUGCGCGCCUGACCGGUUAAACUUAGAAGCAAGAUUGCUGAGUGGAAUCUGUUUGCAGACAGCAGUAGCGUGCAGUGUGUGUACAGUGAAGACGCCGUUUCCCCUCCGCUGAUAAUGAAGCACCAUUUCCACAUGAGGAGGCAUUGACUCCGGCGCAGCCCUGUCGCGCCCGCAACGCCCGCUCUCGGCCCGGGCGGCCCACCACGCCCCGGCCAUAAAGAGCUACCAGGUGAGUCGUAGUCUGUCGCAACACUCCACCGGGCCAUGCUACUGUAUGCCCGAGGACUGCGACACGUCGCGGGACUUCAUGCAUCAUCCUGACCACUACCAGGGCCACAACGACCACCCCUACUUCCCACCUGGUGGACCCCCCGAACCCCUGGCCAUGGUUCCAUCUGGUGGAGGCACCUUUCCCCGUUCACACCCCAGUCAACCGCAACCCUACAACCCCAAUUGUGAGGAAUGCCUAUCCUCAGCAGGACACGGCCAUGGUCACGGGGGGAAGAUGCACCGCAUCCCACCCAACCUCUUGGAUCAGUUUGAAAAACAUGUGCCCUUCCAUCCUGACGGCUUUCACACUCUGCAGUAUCAGCGCACAGCCAGCGGCGAGCAACGCAGCGAGAGUCCAAGUCGCAUACGGCAUCUGGUGAACUCGGUUCAACGUCUCUUUGCCAAGUCUCAUUCACUGGAGACACCCUCCAAACGAGAAUUCAAUGGCACUCGUGGGGGAGAACAUCGGGAAAGAGGGCACCGAAGUGGAGGGGAGGAAGGCGCGGGUCAUCAUUAUUCUGGAACGCACCAAUCCCGCUCCACCCGGCGCAACAAGAGCCGCGAACGCAGCAAAAGCGGAGACUCCCGUCAUGAUUCUCGAAGCUCCCGACAUCGUAGCAAAACGGCCGGGUGGUGGAGCUCCGACGAUAACCUGGACAGUGACAGCAGCUUUCUGGUUGGUGCGGCCAGGGGGGCUCGGGGGUAUCCCACUGGACACGAGACCCUGGAUGCCGCUAUCCAAGAGCUUACUUUAAGGAAAUCCAAGGGACCACCUCCAGGAGAGUGCAUGGCUUGCACCAACAUUGCCAUGGUGGGAGACAGCGGACACUCUCUGAAGAGAAGUACAUGGUCAGCCAUGACGGUCAGUCAGGCUAGAGAGGUCUAUCCAUCUUCUCGUGGAGGUGGAGCAGUGGGAAGCGGAGGAGGGGGAGGGGGAUACGACAAGGCAUUGGUUCCUAUGGACCCCAAAAUGAAGGAACGAUCACUUCACUAUCUGCAGGUGCCCUCAGAUGACUGGUGUGGUGGUGGUCCAUCGGACAGUGGUGGGGAGAUCCCAUGCAGACGUAUGCGCAGUGGCAGCUACAUCAAGGCCAUGGGGGACGAUGACAGCGGUGAUUCGGACACCAGCCCUAAAGCCUCACCGAAAUCUGCCCUCAUCGCUCAGAGAGAAGCCUUCCGCCGUUCCAUCAGCAUGGACCAGCGCUCCUCCACCACAUCCAAGUAUUCAUGUAAACAGUGUACAGACGUCUACCCGAACAGCCGUACCACACCAAAAGGCCAUGCCCGUUCCCGAAGCUAUACCCGCUCUCUGACCAGCUCUCAGCUGGGUGAUACUUUGAACCUGUUUGGAGAGGUGGAAUCCCAGGCUGUCGAGGCUUUAGAUCUACCCGGAUGUUUUCGCACCCGCAGUCACAGCUACGUACGGGCCAUCCAAGCCGGAUGCUCGCAGGACGACGACUGCCUCUCUGUCUUCUCCAUGUCGGGCCCACAGGGCAGCAUGAAGGGCGAGACAGUGUUCUCUUACCGAAAAGGUCCACCUCCUCUGCCGCCACGUAUGACUAAACCAAUGAUCUCUGUGACCGCUCAGAGCAGCACCGAAUCCACCCAGGAUGCUUACUUCCAGAGCACAGGACAGCCUGCUUUGGUUCGUCCCAGACAGCACAGCAACUCCGUAGACCUGACAGAGAGCGCCAGCGGCCGCACCUCCAGAAGCGGGCACUACCUGGCCGGAGGCUCUGGGCGGGUCAGACAGAGCAGCAACUCGGCGGAGAGCCUAAAUGGCAGGCCGCUUCAGAACAUCAGUUAUCCUGGUGGACCCGGUCCGAUGAAACCGAAACACAGCAGCUCGGCCGAUAACCUGCUGGAGGGACCCAGGGGAUCCAGGGAGCGUGCUGGAGGCAGCCUGGGAAAAUCUGCCUCUCUGCCACAGAACAGUAUGUCCCUGACUAAAGCCUUAACUGGGGGAGAGGAGUUCAAACAGGAAGGAAGAGGGAGGAAGUGGAGACCCUCCAUCGCAGUGCAGGUGGACAGCUCGGAGACAUUGUCAGACUCAGACCCAGAAGGCAAAGUCCUGAGAGAGGUUCACUCCAUAGGAGUUCAAGUGGAGGAUGACAAGAGACGAGCUCGUUUCAAACGCUCCAACAGUGUAACCGCAAGCGUCCAGGCUGAUCUGGAGACAGAAGGUUUCGGCGUGCUGACCGUCCCCACUCAGGACAAGGGUCUGCAGUUUGGCUGCUCGUUCCAGCGCCACUCGUCCGAACCGGAAUCGGCCGGUCAGUUUGCAGAAUACCGCACGGUGCACACACAAGGCCAAUGGGCCUACCGCGAGGAUUACAACACCGGUUACACCACUGAGCCCGGACCCCCAGAACUGAGAGCCCUUCCUCGCUCACACUCCCCUCUGCCCUUGGCCCCCGACCGGGGAGGAUGGAACGAGGGCCCGCGGAGCCUCCCAGACUCGGGCCGAGCCUCACCCUGCGUACGGGAUGGAGAGUUUUUCCUCCGUCUCUUGCAGACAGAAGUGGAGAGGAUAGAGGGAUGGUGCCAGAAUAUGGAAAGAGAGGCAGAAACAAAUGAGCUGCCAGAGGAAGUACUGGAGCUCAUCAGAGGAGCUGUUGGCAGUGCACAGAUGCUCAUGUCCCAGAGAGUUCAACAGUUCUUCAGGAUGUGCCAACAGAGUGUGGAUCCCUCAUCAUACCCUCAGCCCACCACACAGGAUCUGACCAGUUACUGGGACAUUCUGCAGCUUGCCAUCGAGGAUGUUAGGGUGAAGUUUCAGGAUCUUCAGCGGCUGAAGGAUUCGGGCUGGAGGUUGCUUCCCGAGAAGAAGGAGGACAAGAAAGUUCCACCUCCGUUACCAAAGAAACCGGCUGGCGGUGUGACGGGUAGCCUGCGGGCCGAGAGCAUGUCCGAGGCUGCGGUGGGGGGUGGCGGAGGAGGCAUGCUGGUGGUCUCACGAGGGCGUAGCGUGCCCGAACGGGACAAAUCGCUGGACAUGGGCGACCGUCAGAAGUUGGAGAUGCGACGCAGGUUACUCCAGACAAAGCGCUCGGCAUCUUUUCGACAGAAUUCUGCCACGGAGAGCGCAGACAGUAUUGAGAUCUACAUCACAGAGGCUCAGACAAGACUCUGAGGGACUGUACCACGACCCCUGAACAACUCUUCAUCGACUCUCACACCUCUGCACAGACGUCCGCAUGGUCAGACAGCGAGUGCGAACUUCAAUGGUGGCCUCCAAGUAUGCUGCUGGUACCUGUGCUUUUGUUUGUUUGGGAUCUUGGGAUGGUAGCUUGCAUUUUAUUUAUUCAUUUAUUUCGAGCAAGUGUUCAUAUUCUAAAAAAAAGGGCUCAUCUAGCACAACCACAUGGUUUGAGAUUGAGACUUUAUAUAAAUAUACAAAAACCUUAGGACUGUUUGAAUACACCACAUUCUAACACACAUACGGGUGCAAUAUCAUUUUUUUUGAGAGGAUCGCAUUAUUUUAAAUAAUAGACCUUCUUUUGAUAUAUUAAAGACAAGUGGUGACUGUGUACGUGUUUCCUAAAUGUUUCCACAGUGCAGCCCCUUUCACUGUGACACAAGCCCACUCUUGUGGCCAUAGUAGAGCAAUGCAUACUGAAAUCUCAGACUAGAUCUGCUUUAUCUAAAUAUUAAGUUAAAAAAGUAAAAUAAACGCCCUUUGCCCUUUAUCAAAUUCUAACAGGGAUCCGUCUCCUGUAUAUUGCAAUAUCAUCUAACAAUUGCAUUCACCCCAAUGAGAAAACCAACACACUCUUUAUAAAAUGAAAUGAUAAAUAUUUAGUUUCCAAUAGCCAAGCUUCCCGAACAGGAGUGCUUUCACAAACAACAGUGGAUGGACGCAGGGGUGAAGAAGACAAUCUUCAAUGUCACACAUGACCUGCACACUGAAGAAUUUUCAUUUAGAGAGGAGGUUAAGCAUCUUAUUCAUUUCACCCCUCUGCCUUUUUCAUAACAGAUGAAAACUAGCAAACGUGAAAUCAAUGUAGCUCCAUCACUUUGGCUCAGUGCUUUACUUUAUUUUUUUCAUUUUUUAAUCUGAUUCUAGUUAGAAAAGGGAUGAAAUAGGCUUUAUGCCCAGCUGCACUACUUCCUGAACUUCAGCCAGCUCCUUGUUUCCUGUCUGCCAUUAUUGGACAAACUGAUUAAUCCAGGUGUGUCUGAUUAUUGUUGU